AUGAUGCCAAUGCAACUCACUGUCUUCUUCAUGCUCCUCUACGUCCUGCUGUCGUUGACAAUCGUUGUGCAGAGCACCUUCAUUGUUGCAGUGUUGGGCAGGGAAUGGGUGAAGGUCAAAAGGCUGUCACCCUUGGACAUGAUCCUUAUCAGCCUGGGCGUCUCCAAACUCUGUCUGCAGUGCAUAUCCAUAUUUUACAACUUUUACUCCUACUUUGAUUAUAAUUAUAUAUGUUUGCGUGUAGGGACCACGUGGCAUGUUGUUAACACUGCCAUCUUUUGGUUCAACAGCUUGCUUGCCGUCUUCUACUGUGUCAAGGUCUCUUCCUUUACCCAUCCCAUCUUCCUCUGGUUGAAGUGGAGGAUUUCAAGGCUGGUUCCCUGGAUGCUGCUGGGCACUCUGCUGAUUUCUUGUAUGGUCUGCAUCCCUUCAACGAUUCAAGAUCACCUUUGGUUUCAACUCAAUGUGAAGAGUUUUACUGCCAACUCCACUAUGCUUGAGAGACUUAGUGUCUUCCAACAGUAUGCUGGGAUCCCUCAUCAGAUAGUUAUGUUGAUGAUUCCUUUCCUCCUAUUCCUGGCCUCCAUUAUCAUGCUUAUCGCCUCAUUGUUGCAACACUGGAGACAAAUGAAACACCAUAGCCCUGGCCACUCCAGCAAGGAUGUCCACUUUGCAGCCCUCAAGUCUUUAGCCAUCUUUCUCAUCUUCUUCUCCUCUUACUUUCUGACUGUAUUUAUCUCCAUUAUAGGCUAUCUUUUUGAGAAGCAGUCCUGGUUCUGGAUUUGGGAAGCUGUUAUCUAUGCCGGCAGUUGUGUUCAUUCCACUUCACUUACUCUGAGCAGCCCUACUCUGAGAAAAUAUCUGAAGAAAAUGUGUUGA